AUGGGCUCAUCAGCAUCGAAACCCGCCUCCCGCGCCGCCAAUGCUGCAACCAAAGCAACACGCCAAUACCCAUCUCGCCCAUCACCAGCGACCUCGACACAAGCACCACCCACGCGCACAUCAAACGCUCCAUCCCAGCCCCCGCCACCACCAGCCGCGAACCGUCAACCGGGUCCCACAGUCCACCCUCAAGCCCGCGCAAGUGGCCAGCGCAAUGAAGGUAAAUUGACCCACCCUCUUUGUCUUUUCUAUAUCAGAGGCAAGAAAACGGAGACUGACAAGUUGUANGAAAUCAAUCUCGACGCCUCAGACCCAGACUUUGCCCGCUCGCUGCGCCAACUAGGUGCCGUACAACCCAACCCUACCCUCUCGCCUUCUUCAACCUUUGCCGCACACCCGAGCUCGCACUUCCCGAACCCUUACGGCCAACAAGGCAACAACACAACCGCACCUCCGCAGCGAUUGAAUCCGGCACUGCGUGUGUUGCAAGCUCGUGCAGAGUUGGCUGGUGAAGCGGAGAGAGAAUUCUUGGAGGCUGGAAAGAGNGGAAGUGCUGGCAGGAGGUUCUUGGACGUGGGCACUUUGAGAAAUCUCGUUACCAUGAGAGAUCAGAGGAACAUGAGUGCUGCCGAGAUUGAGAGAGUCUUGGGCUUGAGGAGUGGCACUGUGGCAAAAUUGGGUCCCAAGGGUGUCGUGGGUGUUGAGGGCAUUCAGGAGGACUGA